AACAAGUCACAAGCUUUCUAGUAUAUAAUUCUCACCUCCCAACCAUACGAAAAAUCCACCAACAUUCUUUAUCUCUCUCUCUCUCAAUAUGAAUGAACUCAAGCUUAUCACUCAUCUCUUCAUCUUGUUUUCAUCCAUAUUCUUCUUCCUCAAUUUAGGUGUGGUCGGAGCUCGCCGGAAUCUGCUGGAAUCAGCCACCGGAGAAAGCCCAUUUUCGCCGAAAGGGUCACUGCUCCGGUACUGGAAAAGGCAAGUAUCUAAUGACUUGCCUCAACCAGAUUUCCUUCUAAAGAAGGCAUCUCCACUGACAGCUGUUCAGUCAGCGAGUUUCUCGAAACUCGCUGACAAAAACACCCUGUCAGCACAGCUCCCAGCAUUCUGUUCCUCGGCGAAACUCCUGUGUUUCCCUGAUUUAUCGCCAAGCCUGGAGAAACACGACCAAAAUGUCGCGUUUUCCUCGUACCAGGACAAGAAUUUCACAAAUUACGGAACACUGAAAGGCGGUGACAAGGACUCUUUUCAGAAUUAUGCUAACGAGGAAAAUAUCCCUGUCAACACGUUUCGCCGUUAUGGGCGAGACUCGGUUGGACACGACACGGAUUUUAAUACUUAUGCUACCGAUGCCAAUGUGGCUGACCAGAGUUUUAAUUCUUAUGCCGCGGGAUCAACUGGUGGAGCUAGUGGCUUUAGUGCUUAUAACAAAGACACCAAUGUGCCUAAUCUGAACUUCAAUUCUUACUCAGCGGAAAGUAAUGGUCAAUCGCAGACAUUUAAGGCGUAUAGCGAAGAAGCUAAUUCGGGGAGUCAGAGCUUUGCAAGCUAUGGAAAAGAUGGGAAUGGUCAGCCCAACAAUUUUGAAAAUUACGGUAGAGAUUCUAAUGUAAUUGGCUCCACCUUCUCUGGCUACGGACAAAAUGCUAAUGGUGUCGCGGAUAAUUUCACUUCUUAUGCCUUUGAUAGCAAUGUUCCUCAGAACAAAUUCAAGAAUUAUGGUGAUACAGGUAAUGGUGCUGUCGAAACAUUUACAAGUUAUAGAGAUCAGUCCAAUGUGGGUGAUGAUUCUUUUGAAUCGUAUGCUAAAAACUCAAAUGCUGCUAAGGCUACUUUCACGAAUUAUGGUAAUUCGUUCAAUGAAGGUACUGAUAAAUUUACUGGAUAUGGUAAAAAGGGCUCGUUUUCUGAUAUUGGAUUCAAGAAGUAUGGUGUUAAUAAUACUUUCAAAGAUUAUGCUAACAAGAAGGAUGUUAAAUUUAGUACAUAUGCGACCAAAGGUUCUGCAGAGCUGGCUUCUUUGAAAGAGGGGAAUGCCAAAAUUGUAAAUAAAUGGGUCGAGCCUGGCAAAUUUUUCAGGGAGAAGAUGCUUAAGAGCGGGACGGUUAUGCCAAUGCCUGAUAUUAAAGACAAGAUGCCUGAGAGGGCCUUUUUGCCUCGUGUAUUGUCGUCAAAAUUACCAUUUUCGACAGCAAAACUUGAUGACUUGAAGAAGUUGUUUCACGCGGGUGAUAACUCUAGCAUGGCUGCGAUGAUAGCCAACACUCUGACUGAGUGUGAGAGGGCACCAAGCCGGGGUGAGACAAAGCGAUGUGUUGGUUCAAUUGAAGAUAUGCUUGACUUCGCGACAUCGGUGUUGGGACGAAACGUUGUUGUCCGGACAACAGAGAACACAGAGGGGUCAAAGGCAGAUAUCAUGAUUGGAGAAGUCAAGGGGAUCAAUGGUGGCAAAGUCACCAAGUCAGUCUCAUGCCAUCAGAGCUUGUAUCCUUAUUUGAUGUAUUACUGUCAUUCAGUUCCUAAGGUUCGCGUUUAUGAAGCUGAUAUUCUGGACUCAAAAUCUAAGGCCAAGAUCAACCAUGGCGUAGCAAUCUGUCACGUGGACACGUCGGACUGGAGUGCCAGUCAUGGCGCAUUUGCAGCCUUAGGCUCAGCUCCCGGAAAAAUUGAGGUUUGCCAUUGGAUUUUCCAGAAUGACAUGAACUGGGCUAUUGCUGAUUGAUCUAGUGCUGACACAAUGGUCCAUUUGCAGAAUCCGAUCCGAUUGCAAAUGUGAAUAUAUAUUUUGAGCAAAAUAAUAUAUUUAGGAUCACAAUUGUAAAGAUGGGUCAAUUUAGCUUUUCUUUUUGGUGCAAGAAUAUUAUAUUUUCGAACUGAAAAUAUAGGUUUCUGCUGAAUCCACCUCAUUUUAAUUAUGAAAUAAUUGUUACCUAUAA